CAUGAACAAGGAUGUUGAAUCGGCAAAAGACAAACCACCAGAUUACGGUCAAGCGCAGAAAUUUUGGUCUAAACGUGUAAACGUGCCCCUCCGACGUAUGAAGAAAGCGUAUUGUCAAAGAUCAAGAAGGCUAAAGAGGAGUCAGAUGGAAACAAGGAACUUGCCCACAGUCUCUUAGCAAUAAUAUGUGGAUCAGUGUCAUUGAUCAUUGGCUGUCUGAUUUGUACUGGUAUUACUGCUGCUAUACCCAUUGCGAUGAUAGUGAUUGGUUCCAUGUAUAAAGACGAUUGUAAUGCUCAGCCAUACAUCCCUAUAUACCUUAUCGUUGCUGGGAGCUGUUCGUUGUUUUCAUUAGCCACUUCUGUAGGGGGAUGUCGAUCAAAAUACCGUGAGAACGAUGAGGAGAAGCAGAAGAAAGGCACCGUUGGCAACUGUUGUGGCUGUAUAAGUGGACUCGUGAGUCUCUUUAUGAUGUGUUGGUUCAUAACAGGCAGUGUUUGGAUAUAUAAAGCAUACGAGCCGUCAUAUGAGGACCCAACCGCUUCAGACUACUGUGACAAGACCCUGUAUUUAUUUUCAUUUUGGAUGUUGAACGUCGGUUAUAUGGUCGUUGGUUUAUGUUGUUGUGCGGGUUUACUCGGUCUCUGUUGUAAACUAAAGGCCAGAAAUGAGCAAUAAAUCGUAUAUUCCAUCACUGCUGCGUCCUACACUGCUGCACCAUAUGUGUACCAUUAUAUGUAAAUUCAGAAAAGACGGUUAUCACAGCUUAUUGAUAUUGCGGCUAAUAUACCAUUUUCACUUUUGAAUUAAAUUUUAAAUGUAUAGUCAACGUUAUGUAUAAUAAACUGUGUGCAGAAUUUCUUUGUAAACACGAAUACUUGUUUUCAGUCAUUAUCAUUAUGUAUAUCACAAGCAAAUAUGUAAAUAAAGUCCUAACAAUUAACAUUUGUCAAUAAAAGAAGAAUUUACAACCC